AUGUACAUCACCCUCUACUACAUAGUCACCCGCCUCCCUGACUCCCUUCGUGUAGUCAGAGACCACUUCCCUCUCAGUCUGUCCCAACCACUCUCACUGGGUGUUCCCCCUCCCCCCUUUUGCCCUCUGUCGCCUCUGCUGCUGCGACCGACCUCGUUGGUCUUGAGUCGGUCGGUGCGGCGUUUACCCACAGCGGGAGACGCCGCUUCUGGCAAGGGCAAGGGGGGCAAGGGCGUUGGAGGAGCUAGCGGGGGUGGUGGAGGCGGCGGUGGAGGCGGCGGAGGGAGUGGGGGUGGCGGUGGGAGUGGUGGCGGGGGUGGAGGUGUCGGUGGCGGCAGUGGAGGCGGAGGCGGCGGAGGCGGUAGCGGUGGGAGCGGAGGCGGCGGUGGUGGCGGAGGUGAGGAGGCGGUGGUGGAGGAGGUGGAGCUGGUCGGGGUGGUGCUACGCAGCGGGGCGGCUCCGGUGGUGGUCGCGUCAGCAGUAGCAGCAACAGCAGCAGCAGCAGCGUUCUCGGGACAUCCCCCCCCCCUCAGUAGCUCCGUGAGUGGUACGCUGCACGUCAGCGUGGUGCUGGUGAGUCCUGGCGCUCUCAGAUACCGCGUCAGCUUCGGCCUCCCUCACCUUCACAACUUGACUCAGGGGCUUCUCGCUCCUUCUUUCGAGACCGCACCACACUCACCGCCGCUUGGUCGGCCGGUUGCAGUCUCCCUGGCAGACCCCUCUGGGGGUCCUGUCCUUUCUCACUUCUCCACUGCCCUCCCGUGUCCCGGCGUCCCCCUCUGGCACCCUGUCUGGGGCGGCAGCGGGCUACCCCUCACUCCUCCCAGUUUCCUCCGACAGAGGCCCCGCUGCAGACGCUUCACAUGGACGUGUGGGGCCCAGCCCGCGUCCGUGGACAUGGUCGACGAGCGCUACUUCCUGCUGGUGGUUGACGACCUACUUCAGCGUUACACCACAGUCUUCCCCUUGCGCAGCAAGGGUGAUGUCACUGAGGUGUUGAUCGACUGGAUCCGCGACAGCUUGUCUCCAGCUCAGGCGGAGCUUCGCUCGGACUUUCCUGUCUGCAUCUGCACUCUGACAGAGGCGGAGAGUUCUCCUCUGACCUUCUGCGAGCCUACUGUCGUGCACGAGGCCUCCUCCGCCAGACCUUCCACGCUUCCGGACUCUCCACAACAAAAUGGAUUGCUGAGCGCCGCAUUGGCAUGGUCAUGGACGUCGCCCGUAACCGGUCCCAUGAUGCAUGCGGCUGCCCCCCAUUUUCUGUGCCGUUUGCGGUUCGGUGUGUCCCAGUUAGACGCUGUUGAGCCUGUCGAGGGUCGCUGCCUAGAGGGUACUACGCUGGGGGUGCUGAGCCUGGGGGUGCUGAGUCUGGGGGUAAUGAGCCUUGGGGUGCUGAGUCUGGGGGUGCUGAGCCUGAGGAGCUGCGUGAGUGGUUUGCCCGGCGCAGGAGGCGAGCUGCUGGAGCUGGAGGUGCUGCGGGUACUGGGAGUACUGGAGCUUCUGAGGGAGCUGGUGCCCACGGGUCCCGGAAGGUGCUCGUACUGGGAGUACUGGAACCUUCUGGACUUGUGGGUACUUCUAGAGCUGGAGCCACUGCGGGUGUUGGCGGCGGAGGCUACUACUUCGGACUCUCUUCGUGCUGCCAGUCCUACUGUCACGCGUCUCCUUGCUACUGUCGUCACUGACCCUUCUUUUGAGUCCACUGCAGCGUCUGCCCUAGUUGCUGAGCUCGUCGACUUUGCUGCUCGCUGUCGUCUAGACUACGCUGCUAGUCUUGUCGCUGAGUCUGAGUCUGUCUGUCCUCCGUCCGUCGGGGGUGAGUGUGCCCUUGGCACGGACGUCCUUGAGGACAGGCAGGAGGAGUUCCAGUGUCUAGCUGCUGCUUCACCUCAUCUCGUAUCCGUACUGCUUACCCCUGAGGGAGACCCGGAUGCACUUGACAUCCCGACUCCGCGCUUUUACGCGGAGGCGAUAGAGGGUCCCUACUCCUCUCAGUGGCAGGCAGCUAUGGAUGCAGAGAUGGCUUCCUGGAAGUCCACAGGCACCUACGUUGACGAGGUUCCCCCACCUGGGGCGAACAUCGUCAGUGGCAUGUGGAUUCUCAGGUGGAAGCGGCCGCGGGGAUCUCCGCCUGUCUUCAAGGCGCGGUACGUGGCUCGUGGCCUCAAUCAGCGGCAGGGAGUUGACUACUUUCAGACCUUCUCUCCCCCCCCGAAGAUGACCACUCUUUGGGUGCUGCUGCACAUAGCCGCUCAGCGUGACUACGAGCUUCACUCUCUUGACUUCAGCACUGCUUUCUUGCAGGGCACCGGUGAGUGGCACGACACACUGAGGACUACGCUUGCGGCUCUUGGGUUUGCUCCCUCUACUGCUGACCCGUCGCUGUUUCUGCGCACCGACACUUCUUUGCCGCCGUUCUACAUCCGCGUGUACGCCGACGACUUGGUCUUUGCCACACCUGACACUGCUGGACUCGCCCACGUGAAGUCUGAGUUGCAGAAGAGACACACGUGCACAGACCUGGGCGAACUGCGCAGCUACCUUGGCUUGCAGAUCACCCGGGACAUAGCACAGCGCACCAUUACCCUGACUCAGUCACACAUGGUGCAGCAGGUCCUUCAGCGCUUCGGCUUCACGUACUCCUCGCCUCAGGCCACUCCUAUGCCUACUCAUCUCUCGCUCUCAGCUCUGCCUUUGGAUGAGUCCGUAGAGUCGAGUGGCCCGUACCCAGAGCUUGUUGGCUGCCUCAUGUACCUGAUGACCUGCACUCGACCUGACCUUGCAUACCCUCUUAGCAUUCUCGCACGCUAUGUUGCUCCUGGGAGACACAUGCCGGAGCACAUGGCUGCAGCGAAGAGUGUGUUUGCCUACUUGUGCAGUACGUCGGGCAUGGGGCUUGUGCUUGGAGGGCGGAGUCCAGUGGUCCUCACUGGCACGUAG